AUGGAUGAUCUGUUGGCCGAACUGAACGAACUGUUACACGCCAUCAAAAUGCCUGUUGUAGGCGGCUGGAGUCCUUUAUUACGUGCAGACGUUAUUGUUAUCAGAAGAGAAAAAACGGGAGAUCCUCCCGGAGCUGCUCUUUGUCUUCUCGAUCACAUCUCAACGCUUCAUCCGAAUUUACACGCUAAAGCGUUUGACAUUCUUGAGAUCAUCGCACCGCCAUUUUCCGAUGAUCUCAUCUCGCUCUUCUUGCCGUUGGUUAGUGACGAAGAGAUUUUCGAUAAAGCUGCUCAUGAGCGCUUUCCGGCUGCUGGUGAAUUUAUACAGUACUGUCGUGAACGGAUGUCUACUGCAACGGUCACUUAG